AGGGUCGCCGUCGCUGGCCUCGGCGCCGUGGGCCUGCCCGUCGCGCGGGCGCUCGCGUCCGGGUCGAUCCCGGGCCUGCGGCUGGCGGCGGUGUCGGCGUCCACGGAGGAGAGCGGCCGGAGCAAGCUGCGGUCGCUGGGCGCCGAGGACGUGCCCGUGCUGGGCGUCGAACGAUUGGCCGCGGAGGCGGACGUCGUCGUCGAGGGCCUGCCGCCGUCCGAGUUCCUGGCGGUCGCGGAGCCGACGCUGCGCGCGGGCAGGACGCUCGUCGCGCUCUCCGUGACGCAGAUCUUGCGGCACCCGGAGCUCGAGGCGCUCGCCGCGGCGCACGGCGGGCGCAUCGUCGUGCCGACGGGCGCGCUCAUCGGCCUCGACGCGGUCCGCGCCGCCGCCGAGGGCGGCCACAUCCGCUCCGUCGUCAUGCGGACGAAGAAGCCGCCGAAGAGCCUGCAGAACGCGCCGUUCGUGAAGGAGCAGAACCUGGACCUGUCGUCGCUCGAGGAGCCGCUGCGCCUCUACGAGGGGUCCGUGCGCGCGGCGUCGAAGCUCUUCCCCGCGAACGUGAACGUGGCCUGCGCCCUGGCGCUCGCCGGCGUCGGCCCCGACGAGACGCAGUACGAGAUCUGGGCGGACCCGGGCGUCGAGCGCAACACGCACACGUACGCCGUCGUCUCCGACGAGAGCAACUUCGAGAUCUCCAUCGCGGGCGUGCCCUCGGCCGAGAACCCGGCGACGGGCGCGCUCACGCCCCUGUCGGCCAUCGCGACGCUGCGGGGGCUCGUCGCCACGUUGAAGGUCGGCACG